UAUGGGUGAUUGUCUAUGAGAUGAUUUUGCUUAGGAGAAGAGGACCAGAAUCCACCCUCUCCCACUAGAGUUACAGUCAGACAAUUCUUAACAUCACCAGACUGCAUCCAACAUUAUGACUUGGGCUCAUUGCCAGUAGAAGUGUUUCCAAAGCAGGAUGGUGAAGGUUGGAAUCAACGGAUUUGGCCGUAUCGGGCGCCUGGUAGCCAGGGUUGCAUUUACAACAAACAAAGUGGAAAUUGUAGCAAUUAAUGAUCCUUUCCUUGAUGUAAACUGUAUGGCUUACUUACUCAAGUUUGAUUCCACACAUGGCAAAUUUAAUGGCACUGUCAAACCUGAAAAUGAGAAACUCAAUGUAAAUGGAAGAUCUAUCGCUGUUUACCAGGAAAAGGAUCCUGCCAAAAUAAAAUGGUCAACUGCUGGUGCUGAUUAUGUCUUAGAAUCUACGGGUGCCUUUACUACCAUGGAGAAAGCUAAGGCUCAUUUGAACGGGGGCUGCAAACGAGUCAUCAUUUCUGCCCCUUCAGAUGAUGCUCCUAUGUACGUGAUGGGAGUAAACCACGAGACCUAUAAUAAUUCACAUACGGUAGUCAGUAAUGCUUCCUGUACUACCAACUGUUUGGCCCCUAUAGCCAAGGUCCUCCAUGAGAACUUUGGUAUUGUGGAAGGACUCAUGACUACGAUCCAUGCCAUAACUGCUACCCAGAAGACCGUAGAUGGUCCUUCUGGCAAAAAGUGGCGGGACGGCCGUGGAGCUGGCCAGAACAUCAUUCCUGCUGCCACAGGUGCUGCUAAGGCUGUGGGCAAAGUCCUCCCUGAGCUUAAUGGCAAACUCACUGGCAUGGCCUUCCGAGUUCCUGUUCCCAAUGUGUCAGUUGUAGAUCUGACCUGCCGCCUGGAGAAACCUACCAAAUAUGAAGACAUCAAGAGGGUGAUGAAAAACGCAUCAGAGGGAUAUCUGAAGGGUAUCCUGGGCUAUACAGAAGAACAAGUUGUGUCCACUGAUUUCAUUGGUGACCCUAAUUCUUCCAUUUUUGAUGCUGAGGCUGGUAUAGCCCUCAAUGACUAUUUUGUUAAAAUCAUUUCCUGGUAUGAUAAUGAAUAUGGUUAUAGUAACCGUCUGGUAGAUCUCAUAGCCUAUAUGUCCACCAAGGAAUAAGACAAAGAAGCUGUGGAUCUUCAAGAGAAAAUUAGUGCCCUGCAGCCUAGGUGUCCCUAGACCUAGUACUUCUCUAGAACUAAUGUGCUCAGUCCAAGGCAGUCAUGCCCCCCAUGUUAAUAGAGGGGAGAAAGCAUUGAGUCCUGUACCCUCUAACAUCAAUAAAGUCAGCGCUGUACCCAA